GUUCGCUGCUGUGCUCCAUUGCUUUACGCUGAGCUUUUUGUUGCAGUUAAUUCCGCAUCAUGUCUGGACGUGGCAAACAGGGCGGCAAAGCUCGCGCCAAGGCUAAAACCCGCUCCUCCCGGGCCGGCCUGCAGUUCCCCGUGGGCCGCGUGCACCGCCUUCUCCGCAAGGGCAACUACUCGGAGCGGGUGGGCGCCGGCGCCCCGGUGUACCUGGCUGCCGUGCUGGAGUACCUGACGGCCGAGAUCCUGGAGCUGGCUGGCAACGCGGCCCGCGACAACAAGAAGACGCGCAUCAUCCCGCGCCACCUGCAGCUGGCCAUCCGCAACGACGAGGAGCUCAACAAGCUGCUGGGCCGCGUGACGAUCGCUCAGGGUGGCGUCCUGCCCAACAUCCAGGCAGUGCUGCUGCCCAAGAAGACCGAGAGCCACCACAAAGCCAAGGGAAAGUAAGACCACUGCUUUUCACACUGGUCUUCACUAUAAAAUACACAAAGGCUCUUUUCAGAGCCACCCACUUUAACAGUAAAAAGUGCUGAAUACUGUAUUUAAUUUGGGCUUAGUCAAAUUUAUGCAUGUUGGGUUAAUUUCUGUUAACCAGAAGCUUCUCAACAAUAAAAUUCCCAAGCUCUGCAAA